CACACCAUCAUACCCACCAACAUAUAUAAUCUUGGUCAUUGAGAUAAACAAAGAAAGAUAUCAAGAACAAUACCAAAGAUCAAGAACAAGACUACUUUACUAGGAGAAGGAGAAUAUGGGAAGAGCACCUUGCUGUGACAAAGCUAACGUGAAGAAAGGUCCUUGGUCUCCUGAGGAAGAUGCAAAGCUCAAAUCCUACAUUGAAAAGAGUGGCACAGGAGGCAAUUGGAUCGCUUUGCCUCACAAAAUUGGUUUGAAGAGAUGUGGGAAGAGUUGCCGGCUGAGGUGGCUUAACUAUCUUAGACCAAACAUCAAACAUGGUGGCUUUUCUGAGGAAGAAGAAAACAUCAUUUGUAGCCUCUAUCUUACUAUUGGUAGCAGGUGGUCUAUAAUCGCUGCUCAACUGCCUGGACGAACAGACAACGAUAUUAAAAACUAUUGGAACACGAGGCUUAAGAAGAAACUUAUCAACAAACAACGCAAGGAGCUUCAAGAAGCUUGUAUGGAGCAGCAAGAGAUGAUGGUGAUGAUGAAGAGACAACAACAACAUCAACAACAACAACAAAUUCAAACUUCUUUCAUGAUGAGACAAGACCAACCGAUGUUCACAUGGCCACUACAUCAUCAGGAUGUUAAUCAAGUACCAACUCUUGUCAUGAAUCAAACCAACUCGCUCGGCGACAUUCAAGAAGAUAUUAAACCAGCGAUCAUGGUCAAGAUCGAAGAUCAGUUACUAGAGAGGGCAAACCCUCAUCAAGAUUCGAUGACAAAUGCUUUUGAUCAUCUCUCCUUCUCUCAACUCUUGCUAGAUCCUAAUCAUAACAACUUAGGAUCAGGAGAGUGUUUCUCAAUGAACUCGUUCUUGAGCACCAACGCAAACUCUCCAUUUCUCAACACAAGUAUUGAUCAUCAAUGGUUCGGGAAGUUCCAGGCCGAAACCAUGGACUUGUUUUCAGGAGCCGCCACAAGUACUUCAGCAGAUCAAAGCACCAUAAGUUGGGAGGACAUUAGCUCUCUUGUUUAUUCUGAUUCAAAGCAAUUUUGUUGAUUAAUUAAUCAUUUCUCAAUAUGAAACAUACAUCAUUAUUAUUAUAUUAAUUGGAGUAAUGCAAAACUGUAGGGUAUGUAUAUUUGGAAUUAAU